AAAUAAGCGAGAACGAAUGAAUGUGAAGAGAUAUAGAAAUAAAAACAUAUAGAAAUAUACGAUAAACAAUAACGGUGAAUGAGUGCGCGUACUUGUCAAGCUUAUUUUUAAUAAUACACGCGUGUGAGUCGAAGACUGCGGUUUACGCGUAGUGUGUGGUGGCAGCGUCGACGACGCCACCCACAAUUCCUAAAAAAAGUAGUGUUCCAAAAAAAAAUAGAAACUCACUCGAUUGUGCUCUUCUUUCUCUUCCUCUUGCGGCUGGUGAAACGCACGCCUCAAAGUGCAUUUAUUCCAGCAUACCAUGUCCUCGAUAUCGGCGCAGGGCGUGGUCGAACGUGCAUCCGCUGAACUCUCGAAACGCAUUAACGGUCUUGGCCUGCGUUCGAAACAUCAUCAUGGCAGCGGUUCUAAUUCGUCCUCCUCCUCCUCUACACAAUCCUCUUCUUCGUCUAGUGGUGGUAGUGGCAAAACCUCAGUAAUGGAACGUGUCACAAAUGCGCUCUGUGGCGGUAGUAGCAGCAGCAACAGCAACAACAAUAGCACUAACAACAGCAACAAUAGCAGCGCAAGCAACAAUUCGAACAGCAACCCAACCGCCACACCCGACAAACCUUCACGCGGCGGUGGUGCUAGUGGCACGCACACUCCCACAGGCGGCCUGUCCGCGCCCUCAAGUCCCACACUCCCUCACAAUGUUGGCGUUGUCGGCACUGGCGGCAACAUGCAGCUACUGCAGCAACAGCAGUCGGCGCCACAGGCCCAGCAGCCGUCACAUCCGCAUCAACAUUCGCAGCAGCCAUCGCCGUCGCCACCGUCACAACAUCCACUGCAAACACAGAUUGCCAGCUCGACACUGGUGAAUUCCAAUUCCAAUAUGAUAGGUGGCCCACCGCCUGUGCUUGGCCAUCCACUUGGUGCACCACCCGCGCCCACUGUUAACUCGAUCGCCAAGCAAAUGAACAUCACUAUACCCGGCCAGCCGCAGUUCACAACCAUGGGCUUAGUGGCGGCUCAAAAAUCGGUAGCAAAUCAAUCUGUGAGUGGUGGCACGCCACUGCAGUUGCGCAAGCAACUGCCCAAUCCACAUCUACAUCAUCCGUAUGCGGGUGGUGGAGUUGGCGGUGUGGGCGGCAGUGUUGCGGGUGUCUUGCCGACGGGCGCUGCUGGCGGCGCUUCAAACGCUUCACAACUGGCCGCUGCCGUUACACAGUCUGCGCUAAUUCUGCACAAACACCCGCCUCCCAUAACCAGCAUUGAGGCGUUGCUGCUCGACGAUCGCUUCUUGAAUCGCUUUUUCCUUUACUUUUCGUCUUAUGAGCGUCGUACGUUGGCUCAGGUUUGCAUGAAAUGGCGCGACAUACUCUAUCGCAGUCCGCGUUAUUGGUCGGGUCUCUUGCCAACAUUGCAAUGUCGCGAAUUGCGUCAAAUACCGAGCUGUGAUCGUGUGAAGCUGUAUAAUUCGUUGAUACGUCGCGGUUUUCAUGCGCUCGCGUUAGUGGGAGCCUCAGAUGAGGAUGCGCUCGACGUGGUGCACUCAUUCCCGUUAGCCUCCAAGCACAUACAUUCAUUGAGUUUACGCUGUUCGUCGAUUAGCGAUCGCGGACUGGAGGCAUUGCUGGAUCAUCUGCAGAGUCUCUUCGAACUCGAACUAGCCGGCUGUAAUGAAGUUACCGAGGCUGGCCUAUGGGCUUGUCUAACGCCGCGUAUUGUCUCGCUCUCGCUGGCGGAUUGCAUUAAUAUCGCUGAUGAGGCGGUGGGUGCUGUGGCGCAAUUGCUGCCAUCGCUAUAUGAAUUUUCACUGCAGGCUUACCACGUCACCGACGCUGCUUUGGGUUAUUUCUCGCCAAAGCAAAGUCAUAGUCUGAGCAUACUGCGUCUACAAUCGUGUUGGGAGUUAACCAAUCAUGGCAUCGUUAACAUUGUGCACUCUUUGCCCCACUUAACGGUGCUUAGCCUAUCCGGUUGCAGUAAACUUACUGAUGAUGGCGUUGAAUUGAUUGCCGAGAAUCUACAAAAGUUACGUGCCCUCGAUUUGUCUUGGUGUCCGCGCAUCACUGACGCAUCGCUGGAGUAUAUAGCCUGUGAUCUGAAUCAGCUGGAAGAGCUGACGUUGGAUAGGUGCGUGCACAUCACCGAUAUCGGUGUCGGCUACAUCUCAACAAUGCUCUCACUAACCGCACUCUUUUUGCGCUGGUGCUCACAAGUACGCGACUUUGGUCUACAACACCUAUGCUCAAUGCGUAAUCUACAAGUACUCUCACUAGCCGGCUGUCCACUACUCACCUCCUCAGGUCUGUCAAGUCUCAUACAAUUGCGUCAUUUGCAAGAACUCGAAUUGACCAAUUGUCCGGGGGCAUCACAUGAAUUGUUCGAUUACUUGAAAGAGCAUUUGCCACGCUGCUUAAUCAUUGAAUAAUACGCUUGCGGAACUACAAAGAUGCUGCAAGCUAUACAGAGUUUUGUGAAGGGAAAAGCAAAAAUUGGAAGAGGAACUGUACUCCAACUUAAAUGGAUGCUAAUGAAAAUUAUGAAAAUGAUACUUGUGAUGUUGAUGCUAUUGCCAAUGGAAACUAGCAAACAAAUUUUGACGCUAAAGUUGGAACUUAUGAAGCUAUGUAUUUACUAAAAACUUUAAAGGCUGCACUGAAUACUCAAAAUGCAAAUACAUACAUACGUAUACAGUUAAAAAAACAAAAAACAAAAAGCAGGAAAAAAUGUUAAAAUAUAUGCACCGAAAAAAUUGGUUUGCAUUUUUACAAGUGAAUAAAUAAAAAACUCUAUGAAUCUUUAGCUACUAUUUACGAGCAUCACAACAUUAAAACUCUAACAACAUAUUAGUUAUAUUAUUUUUACAAAAAAUGCAAAACGAAUUUUUUAUUCAGAAAGAGCGUGCGUUUGCUCGUAUCUAAUAGUACAUAUAUAUUCUUUCUUCAAUUUCCUAAAACGUAGUUUACUAUUUCUACAACUAAACUCGGAAAACACAAAACCAAAAACAAAGUUUGUGUUAAACUUAAUAGUAAAACUUACUUUAAAUAAACAAUGUUUAUAAUACUGCUAAAGAAUGGCAAUGUUCCUCAAGCUAAAGCAAAACAUGUAUGUACUAUGUAUAAAAAAUAUUCUAAGAACUUUAUUCAACAAAUUUGUCACUUGGAAAUUCAUAGUUUAAGCACUUUUUAGUACUCGUACUCGCAUUUAGCGAAUUUUUGCUACUAUAUAGUGAUUUUAGAACAACUUAUUGCUAUUAUUGUUGCGAGUAAAAAAAAAGCCUCGAAAUUUUUAUUUUGCGGUUUCAUGUAAAUCAUAAUUAAAAUAGGUUUACAAAUAAUUCUUGGUUACACUGUAUCUGUAACUGCGGGCUAUGGGCAAUUUGUAUUUUGAAACGCAGGUAACUUUGUCUAACACAGCGACUGAAAAUAAUCGUCAUUAUCCAAAUCGUAAUUUUUUAUUUAUAUUUUUACGAUCAUUUUUAAUCGUUAUUUUAUGAUAUAUAUUUUUUCGAUCAA